AUGGAGGAAAACGAUCCAUUCGCUGCAAUAACAAAGCUGUGUCAAGUCUCGGAUUCCCAAGAGCAGCACUUGAACCAAUGUCCCUUCGCUCUGGAACCACAAACAAACGACGAGUCUCCCUCCCACGACGCCGAAUUCCCUGUCGCAUCCACCGCCAUCACCAUGGUCUCCCCUCCACAAACUCCCGAGGAUAACCACAACGACGACCAAAAUGACAAUUCUGUCUUUCAGAACGACGACGUUUUCACCACUCCACCGGAAGAGCCCUCCCUCUCAAGCUCCCAAAACCAGCAGCAGCAGCAAGAGGUCGCCGUUGAUCGCGGAAAGAAAGACCAGAGGGUUGAGAGAGCUGGAAUUGAUGAAAUCAUGACCGUUCAUGGUGGAGAUUGUGCGAAAAGUUCACGAGAGAAAGAUCUAGGGUUUACUGUAGAGGGGGAGCGACAGAGAGAAUUGAAAUUAAAGAUGAUUUGGAUGGUGGUGAGGAUAAUUCUCAAGACAAAGAGAGGAUUACCUUCUUCGUCUUCUUCAAAUAAUGUUUUAGGUGAGUCUACGACUAAAAGAUCGAAACAUAAUGAUAAUAAUCUGGGUUUAGUGACUCCAAAACCUAGUUUAAGAACUGAAAUAGGGAAAAGUUUUGAGAGAUUGGUUAAAUCACUGGAUAGAUUUAAGUGGACUCCAAGAACUAUUGUAGGGGCUGAAUAUGUCAAAUGUGACCACAGAUUAGUGAAAACAGUGGAUGUAAUUACGGCUGAGUCAAAAAGAGCAAAACGUUUGGAUAGAAAUCUGGAUCCGUGGAGUCCAAGAAGUAGGUUAGCGAGUGAAACUGAGAAGAGAAGAGAGAAUUUGGGGGAUUCCGUGGAGAAAUUGGGCUCUGAGGGAGGGAGUGGUUCUAACCGUGGUUUAAAAUCACCACGAAAUGAGCAAGUUGGAGAAAUGGUGAUUGAAGUGAACAGUAGUGAUAGGGAAUGUAGUGGAGAGAGCUCAGCAAAGAGGAAGUUGGAAUUUUCUAAUGAGGUGAUAGAAUCCAAGUUUAAAGGAAACGAUGCUGCUUUAAGGUUUGUUAAUGAUGGAAUGGAAGAGAGGGAAGCUAAUAGAUUAUGCACUACUAAGGGGGAACAUUCUGCCAAGAAAAGCAUAGAUGACCUUGACAAGUUUAGAUAUGUUCAUUCUAAUGCUGGCCUCCACAAGUUUAGAUGUGUUGGUCCUAAUGCUGGUCCAAAUAUUUGUGGCAAGGAGGAUGGUGUUAGAGAAAAACGUGUGUUGCCAGCGUCUGUACAAGGAAGGAAGGAGAAUGCAGGAGCAAGGGAAGCGGAACAUGAUAGUGUUUUGUCUGAGAUGGCAGGUAUGGGUCUUCAGAUCACACUAUUAGAUGUGUUGAAGAUACUUGCAGAGGGAGAGCAUUAUGAUCCAAGUCUCGAAAAGUUAAGUAUCUUGGAGGCUGCGAAGAUAGGUGGCAUGACUUUUCCUUAG